GUGUGUUCAAGACGGUUUUCCCUCGCACCAAACAAGCACACUCGGCAUUGCAACUAUAUAAACACAUUCUUCAACCUCUCUCUCUUUCAACCAUCAUUCUUUUCCCAAAACUCACUUCCGCAUUCUCUCUCUCUCACUCACCGGAGAAGCUCUGCUUCUGAAGUUGGAGCUUUUCUUCCUUACUCAUUCUCUCUUCUGUUACUAUCGAGGAUUACUUCACCGAUCAAAAUGCAUAACAAGGACGUUUGUUCUCCGUCAUCCAAAAGUGGAUUCGGCAUCGGCAUCAACACCGCCGGCCGCAUGCAGUCGAACGCCGGCGCGUUUGCUUCGUUGUACUCUGCUCUGACUAAUGAAAAUCUUCCAUCGCUCGCCGGAAACUGCAGCAACGGCGGCGGCGUUUCGCUUUAUCAGUACUCUGACUCUGGAACAGAGUACGACUCGUGCAUGAUACAGAAGCAUCAGGAUAUGGUGAAUCGUCACAGCAUGUGUCUCAGUCGCCUCGUGGAGACUUCCAAAGAGGUUGAAGCUCUGCAAAAGGAGAACGGACAACUCCGUGCCGUGAAUAAGGAAUUGCAGAAGAACCUGAACCUUCUCAUUCAAGCUUCGCUGGAGAAUCGAUUUGGCGGUGGCGGAUCCUCCGGCCAGACGCAAUCGAUUCCGUUUGAUCUGAUGCACGGUUUUCAUAACUUGAAUCUUGCUGAUGGAAAAGAAAACUGUGCUGAUUGGAAUAGCAAUAACAUCAAUAAUAAUAACAAGGAGCUUCAGGAAGGUUCAGAUGAGAGUCCAACGAGCGUGAUAGACAAUAACGGUGUUGAAACGGAGAGGUUUUCGCUGCCGAAGAGCAUUUCUGUGAGAUCCAAUGGCUACUUGAAGGUUGCUCAGCCUCCGGCCGUCACAACUACCAAUACUGCUGUUCGCACCAAGGGCGCUAACCGCUCCCGCGCCUCCUCCGCUCAAGCUUCAGAUACAGUUCAAAAGGUAUUUGUGCGAGGAGGGCAGAAAGAGGAAGAGCCUCUUGAGAUGGUUGUGUACAACCAGGGGAUGUUCAAGACUGAGCUGUGUAACAAAUGGCAGGAAACUGGCACUUGCCCUUAUGGAGAUCACUGCCAAUUCGCUCACGGCAUUGGGGAGCUUCGCCCAGUGAUCCGCCACCCACGCUACAAGACUGAGGUAUGCAGGAUGGUCCUUGCUGGGGUCGUGUGCCCGUAUGGCCAUAGAUGCCAUUUCCGCCAUGCACUUACUGAACAAGAGAAAGCUUUAUCACAACAUAAGCCCAGAUCAAUGAAGCUGGAAAGAUAAAUAGUCUGGUGGAGUUGUUUUGACUCGAAACAUAUACAAUGGUACAUAAUAAUACUCUACUCUUGAUUGUGUAAUUACAAACAGGGACCAAUCAUGAGAGCAAAAAUAAUUACUUUCCACUAGAAAGUAAUAAUACAAAAAAAACAAGGGACGCCUCCAGCAAAUUGAGGUCUAGAGCAUGAUUCUUUAGGAGAAUGUGGAUGGUUGUCAUGUCUUUCUUUUUUCUACUCCAUAAGUACUUUGGCAUUUUGAUUUUUGAACACUACAUACAAAUACGUCUAUAUUGAUCCCAACACAACGAACAAAAGGGAAAAGCACUCUUUCAAAUAAUACAUUUUUUUGGUAGUUUUGUAAUGAUGUUCGUUCGAUACUUUGCAAAUGAUGCAUUUUGAUUGUGCUUGAAA